UGGGGCUUCAGGUGGUUAGGCUGGGUGGCAGGGCAGGGCUUCCUGAACAGGUAACACCCAGGGGCCCUACGUAUUGUCUGAACCCAAGAGGCCCGAGUGGAGAUCUCAUGUGGCAGAAGCAUGGAGCUGAGGGGCUCGGACUCGCUGGAUGCAUGGCUGGAGCCCCCAGAAGAUGUCUUCUCAACAGGAUCCUUCCCAGAGCUGGGAAACGACUGCUCCCCUGCAGAAGUGACAGCGACUGGCCUUCAGGAGCGGACGCUGCAGGGCUGGGAGGCGAGCGGGGGUCCCGGCUGUGUGAUGAAUAGGCUUCAGAAGAGUGAGUCCGAAGAUUUCCUGAACCUUUUCAUUGACCCCAACAUGGUAUACUGCUCCGAGACAUCUCCUCACAGUGACAGUGGCAUCUCUGAGGACCCAGGCUGUCCAGACAGCUCUCCUCCACCCCAGACACCCAGUUCUCCCACCCUCUGCGAGGUUGUCUAUGAGGCUGGAGCUCUUCAUGAUGUGCGGGGGGAAGCUGGGCCAACGUUUGGACUCAUCUCCAUCCAGCUAGAUCAGUGGAACCCUGCACUGAUGGCGCCUGAUGCACAUGUGGUCAGUGAGCUGCCCUCCAAUAUCCACGCACACGUCUUCUCCAGAGCUGGCGCUGUAGUCCCAGCAACUCCUGCAGCCCAGCCCUCCCAGCUGCCCUGCCAAGCACUGUUCCUGACAGAUGAGGAGAGGCGUCUGCUGGGGCAAGAAGGGGUUUCUCUGCCCUCUCACCUUCCCCUCACCAAGGCGGAGGAGAAGGUUCUCAAGAAAAUCAGGAGGAAAAUACGCAACAAGCAGUCGGCCCAGGACAGCCGGCGAAGGAAGAAAGAGUACAUCGAUGGACUGGAGAGCAGAGUGGUUGCCUGCUCCACUCAGAACCAAGAGCUACAGAAGAGGGUCCAGGAGCUGGAAAGGAGGAACAUCACCCUGGUGGCCCAGCUCCGCCAGUUACAGACGCUCAUUGCACAAACCUCCAACAAAGCUGCCCAGACCAGCACUUGCGUUCUGAUUCUUCUCUUUUCCCUGGCUCUCAUCAUCCUACCCAGCUUCAGUCCCUUUCAGGGUCUACCAGAAGCUGGGUCUGAAGAUUACCAGCCCCAUGGAGUGAUCUCCAGGAAUAUCUUGACUCACAAGGACACAAAAGAAAGCCUGGAGAUUCCAGAGGCAGAGACCAAACUGGGGGAACCCCCUGGAGCUCAGCGAGUGAAUGGCUCAGGAACGCAGCUGCGGCACAGAAGGAAGGCUGGAUCCAGUGGACACAUCUGGACAGCGCUGCAUGCCGAUGAGAUGUGAUCUGACCGCUCCCGUCACACAAGAACCCAGGACUUGGGGCUGGGGGUUUAGCUCAGUGGGAGUGCGGUCACACGCGCAAGGCCCAGGGCCAGUCUUCCGCACUGGGGAGCGGCAGGCUGCCUCAGCUUCCCUUGGGACUCCCACUGAGGUGCAGUGCUCCCGUGGUUCAGGGGUCCUGAGAUUUCUGUGCCUGGAGACUCAGUCUGUCUGUGUGAUAGGGUACCUCGAGUACUGUUGUUACAGAUCUGUGAUUUUAUUUCUUUGGGCAUAGGGUUUGAGGGGAAAUAAGUUUUGUCUGAGAAAUAAACUUUCUAGCUAAAGUUA